CAAACCACGCUUUUCCCCACAUCAACCGCGAACGAAAAAUUUUAACAUCGCCGAUGAAGAAGAGUUUCAAGCCAGGCUUGGCGCACAAUGGGACCUUGACUUUCCUCCAGAUCCAGUGAUAAUGCUGGACGGAAUGGAUAUUACUACAGCGAAACUGUUCCACCGAGUUCGUCAACUGUCAGCCCUUGCGACUAGCAUCGCUGGGUCCAAGGUUGAUCAAGAAGUCCAAAUACGGUACACUCGAGCUAUCCAGCUCCUUGAGCGCCAAGUUAACGCCUCGAUUUGGUCCCUGAACUUGAAUAACAUCCGCCAACACGGUUCUGCAACUCAGCCCAAGCAACCAAUAGCGGUCAGAACAUGCACCCGGACUUGGCAUUGUACGACUCUAAUAUUCAUAUACAUGGUGCUCCGGAAGACCCCUCCAAGUUCACAGACCGUGGAGAAGUUAGUAAGGAGGGCCAAAUUCUCCUUGCAGAUCCUGACACCCGAUGAACUAUGGGUUCACUUCCCGCCCCUGUUUUUGCUUUGGGUUCUCGUAAUGGCAGGUAUAGCUUCUUCGAGACAUACAGACCGACUGUGGUUGCUGCAAACCCUCAAGCGGCUCCGGCAUAAGCUAGCUUUGGACUCCUGGGAGGCUGCAAAGGCCAUUCUGAUCCAAUUCGCUUGGGUUGACCAUCUUUGUGCGAGACCAGCUAUUCUCGUUUGGAAAGAAUUGGAUACCGUUGAGCUGUAGGCUUGGAGCCCAAGCGGCGCUUCCCCCCUUUUCUCGUUCGCGUGCCAAGUGACCGAUAGGUGCUGAGUUUGUGUCGAAAGUUUCAAGUAGAGGGCCUUUGAUGUCUUUAUAUCAAGUACACAAUUAUUCCACCAACAGUUUCCAUAGAAUCAGCUUCCACUAGGGACCUCGUUUACGCCCCUGUUUCUCAUUCACCAGGUUGGCUAGGAUUGACUGCUUCCCGGCAUAUACCUCAGUCCCCGAUGUAUCCCGAUUCGCUCAACUGCAACCUGAUUUAUCUCCAAGAUACCCAAAAUUGUUAUCCAGACA